GUCCGUAGGCUUUUCCUCGUCUCAGUCGACGAACGCCAACGUCCUAGGAUCUAUUUAUUCGCUCGAGUUCGGUAUGCAUCGUUUGAAAUUAAUUGGGAAAAGAAGUGAAGUUUGAGCGGGCUGAGAAAUUCAAGCGACGCGAGUUCUAAAUAAUUAGCAAUUGAACGAAUACAAAACACGGGCAAAAGUGGUGAACAAAAAUGCGCUUAAUCGCGACGAUAGUUGUCGCGGUGCUCCUUGUUACUUAUUUCGUUGAUUCCAGUGUCACGCCAGAUGAAGAUCUAACGACAAGCCUUCAAGAAGCAUGGAGCAACGACGACUUUGCGAUUACGUUCUCGAACAUCAAGUCAAAGAACAAAGCGUCAGAAGCAAUGGUCGAAACACUUUUGGCUGUGAAAUUCGGCAAAUACAGAACGAAAAUGAUGCUAAUACUCGACAGACGAACGAAACGAGUAAUCCUCGAGAGCGUCCAUGACGAUAGACAUCGAACUACCGAACACAUUAACGUGGACACUUUAAGUACCGAUACACCGUUGAAGAACGUGAUCGUGAUAGUGCAUCAGAGUCGACCAAAUGCUCGAAUGGAUGUUUACAUCGACUGUGUUUAUCAAGGAGCGUUGUCGCUGAAGAAAAGUUUCCAGGAGUUGGCGGAUAAUGAAAAUAGUCCUCUUGUGGAAGCAUUUAGGGAAAGAAGAAGCUUAGUAAAGGUAUAUCCAUCGACGUCCGUCAUCGAUGUGCCGACACAAGAAAACUGUUCCAAUGAUUUGGCCUAUACGGACACGUCAUCAGAUCUCCCGACGAACAAAGAGUCUCACGAAUCUAAUUUAAGAUCCAACGACGAUCGGAAUCAACACGCUAAAGACUCUAACGAUCAUUCGCCUGGUAUCGAACGAUCUCAUGCAACGUCGAAUGAAAAACAAUAUCAUCGUCGAUCUAAAGAUCAUGCUCACGAUUCCGACGCUCGGUCAAAUAUAGUUACUUAUCAGAUCGAUGAUUUCGACAAUUCGGAUAAAUUCGAACGGUCCAACCAAUAUGACGACGUCAAAGAAUCUCGUCGCUUAAACCGUGACCACCAUUCGACAGAAUCGCGUCAAUCGAACCGAUACAAUAAACGUUUUACCGAAGACGAUCGCGGUAAAGAUCAUUCCACGGACGACCUCGAGGAGUCGGAUUUAUUGAACCAUUUGGGCCAUUUGCACCAGUGGUCGCGACCCGAAGACUUCAAUGGACCGCGUCGUAAGAAAACCAGAGACAAUAAAACCGACGAAAUAGAUUUUCUCGAUCAACCAACUGUAAAUUACAAAAGGGUUCCGCGAAGAGGAGACAUAGGGAUCCAGAGUUUAGACGAAAGAGCUUGUCUCACGGACAGUCAAAUAGUUAAAACUCUGAACGAACUGAUCGUUGCUACCAAGAAGGUCUGGAGAGAAAUUGAGUUGAAUAGACUGGAAACGCAACAUCUGCGACAACUAAUCGAAAAUUGUGCAGGCUGUCGCGUACCCCUCGUUCCACCGACGACCACAACGGCAGCUCCGCCUCCUACGUGCGAUUAUAAGUCACCCUGCUUCCCGGGAGCUGAUUGUCGCAACACUCCACGUGGGCCACAAUGCGGCGCUUGCCCCCCAGGUUAUACCGGAGACGGAUAUCGUUGCGCUAUAGCGGUCGUUACCUGUGCGAGCAAACCGUGCUUUCGCGAUGUCCCUUGUUACGACCACGCGGACGGCUUCAGCUGUGGAAAAUGUCCUUCUGCCUAUAUUGGCGAUGGCAUACGUUGCGAGCGUCGGAGAAACGGUUGCGAGCUAAAUCCUUGCUACCGAGAAGUAGAGUGUGAGUCAGUCGUUUACCCACCAUAUUACAGAUGUGGUCCAUGCCCAAACGGCUUCAUCGGCAAUGGUACCUCAUGCAUUGACAUGAACGAGUGCGAUUUGGCACAGCCUUGUCAUCCUGGAGUGCGAUGUAUCAAUCUACGUCCUGGAUAUAGAUGCGAAUCUUGUCCGGUGGGAUAUAUCGGGCCCACUACGGAGGGAAUCGGAAUAGAGUUUGCUAAAGUGCAUAAACAAAUAUGUCAAGACGUAAACGAGUGCGAAAAUAACAAUGGAGGUUGCGACCCAUAUAUGGAAUGCAUCAAUACAGAGGGUUCGUACAGAUGCGGAGCGUGCAGGGCAGGUUUUGUAGGAAAUCAAACGGUUGGCUGUCACCCGGCGCACAAUGUUUGUCCAGACUUGACGACAGUUUGCGAUUUAAAUGCCGAGUGCGUCUGCAUCGAUAUCGAUCAGUACAGAUGCAGGUGCCGCGUUGGAUGGGCCGGAGAUGGACUUCUUUGCACCGUCGACCAGGACAGCGACGGAAUUCCCGAUAGAAAUCUUCGGUGUCACGAUCGACGUUGUCGCGUAGACAAUUGUCCACUGACGCCAAACAGUGGCCAGGAGGACACGGACCAGGACGGCGUGGGCGACGCGUGUGAUCCAGAUGCUGACAGCGACGGCGUGCUAAAUUCUUCGGAUAACUGUCCCUUGGUUUCAAAUCCUGGUCAGGACGAUACAGACCGAGAUGGGCCAGACUCGGUUGGGGAUGUCUGUGAUAACUGCCCCUUAGUCAGAAAUCCAAAGCAAGAGGAUACAGACGGUGACGGGAUUGGAGACGCUUGCGACAACGAUAUCGAUAACGAUGGUAUUCCAAACCGCCAAGACAACUGUCCAAAAAAGAUAAACUACGAUCAAACAGACUCGGACCACGACAGGAUUGGUGAUGUCUGCGACAACUGUCCGAUCAAUCUGAAUACAGAUCAAAUGGACAGAGAUGGAGAUGGAGUAGGCGAUGUUUGUGAUAACGACAGCGAUACAGACAGGGAUGGCAUACAAGAUGACAGAGACAACUGUCCCGAUAUAGCGAAUCCCGGCCAAAACGACAACGACGGCGACGGUAUAGGAAACGAGUGCGAUCAUGACAUAGAUAAUGACGGCAUACUGAAUUAUCAGGACAACUGCCUUUACGUGUAUAAUCCAGAUCAGCGUCACACUCAUCAUGAAAAUAUUGGUGACGCUUGCUGGAACGACUACGAUAACGACACCGUGAUAAACAUUCACGACAACUGCCCUAACAACAGUUUAAUCUGGACGACAGACUUUCGAAAAUAUGUCACGAUUGCUUUAGAUCCUUUUGGCAUCGCUCAGGAAGAUCCCGUGUGGAGGAUAAACAACGAUGGUGCUGAAAUACAGCAGCUUGUGAACAGUGAUCCUGGAAUUGCUAUCGGACCGGAUGUAUUUAGCGGCGUAGACUACGAAGGCACAUUUUUCGUCGACGACGACGGAGACGACGACUUUGUUGGUUUCGUGUUCUCUUAUCAAGACUAUCGUAGAUUCUACAUCGUAACCUGGAAGAAGAGCCAGCAGCCGUACUGGAUGGCGAAUCCGUUCCGUGCAGUCGGGGAUCCUGGAAUCAUUUUGAAACUCGUCGACUCGAGCACCGGUCCCGGUGAACUUCUUAGAAACAGUCUUUGGCACAACAAGGACACUCCGAAUCAGGUGAAGAUACUUUGGCGGGACCCAAAGAAAAUUGGCUGGAAGGAGAAGACCUCGUACAGGUGGCAACUGUUGCAUAGGCCAAGAAUUGGUUUGAUUAGAUUCAGGCUUUACCAAGGGAAACAAUUGAUGGCUGAUUCCGGAAACGUUUACGAUUCAACUCUGAAGGGCGGCCGACUAGGCGUAUAUUGCUUCUCUCAGGAAAAAAUCACUUGGUCGAACCUGCUAUACACGUGUAAAGAAACCGUGCCGCAAUCAGUUUGGAACGAGUUGCCUACAAAUUUGAAGAAGGAGAUAGCUGCAGAAUUGAGCAAUGAAAUUAGACCUCAUCACAGACAACAACAACGCGAGGAAUACAACUUCUUCUAAAUCUUCCGAAUUACGCUACUGGAUUAAAGAGCAUAAAUUUGAUUUGUUACGUAACUUACGUGUAUAUAUGUUUACAAUACCAUAUAUUUUAUUUAACGUUCAUUCGAUUCUGACCAAAUAAUCUUGUUUUACGAUUAUGGAUUGCAUCAAUUUUGUUUUCGAAUUCGAAAUAUAACAUUUAGAUAUUAUGCAUUAUUUUACAUAAUUAAUUUAAAUAUUGUAUACUUUGUGAUUAUUGUUCUUAUCUUAGU